UCUCCAUUGAUGGAGAGAGAGAGAGAGAGGGUAGAAAAGGUGUAGCUGUUGUGGCGCCAUUCCCAGCAACUGUCCCAUUUCAAAAACCAAAACUGAAAAUGCUGCCGUCUUCUUCUUAAAAAUUUCUUCUACAACAUUCUUCACUUCUUAUUCAGAUCGCUUAAUCUCUUCAUAUGUGUAUAUGCAUGCAUGGAAGGAAGAGAGAGUAUCGCAGGGUCAGAGUCGGGAGCGUCGGAGUCGUCGCCAGGCAGCUGUGGCGGGAACGGACCGUUGCCACAGGCGGUGAGCAUGGAGAUGAGCAUGAGCAUGGAGAGGACAUUUGGUGGGGGUGGGAAUGAGAUGAUGAUGAUGAUGAUGAUGGGGAAGAAGAAGCGGGGCCGGCCGAGGAAGUAUGGUCCUGAUGGGAACAUGGCUCUUGCUCUUUCCCCAGCAUUCUCUUCUCCUCCUUCCUCCUCUGAGUUCUCUCCUAAGCGGGGUAGAGGGCGGCCACCGGGUUCCGGCAAACGGCAACUACUCGCAGCACUUGGAGAGUGGGUUGCGGGAUCGGCAGGAGGAAAUUUCACUCCACAUGUUGUAACUAUAGCCGCAGGGGAGGAUGUGGCAACGAAGAUACUGUCGUUCUCCCAGAAAGGUCCUCGUGCCAUUUGCAUCCUCUCGGCAAACGGAGCUAUUUCCAAUGUUACUCUACGCCAGCCCGGUUCUUCUGGUGGUACUCUGACAUAUGAGGGCCGCUUCGAGAUAUUGUCUUUAUCUGGGUCCUUCACACUCACUGAUAAUGGCGGCAUACGUAGUAGAACUGGUGGGAUAAGCGUUUCAUUGGCGGGUCCUGAUGGCCGUGUCGUCGGUGGUGGAGUUGCAGGGUUACUACUGGCUGCAAGCCCAAUCCAGGUUGUGGUGGGGAGUUUCAUGCCGAACAGUCACAAGGAGCAGAAGAGGAGACCAAAUCCUGAAUCGUCAAUCCUCACAGGGGUUCCUACUACUUCGGGCAUAGUGACAGCAGCCAGGCCCAUCUCCCAGGCGACACCAGAUGAGGACACAUGCGCAACUCCAUCCUCUACAUUGCCGGGACAAAGCCAUGGGGACGUGGAGAACAGCACGGGCAAUAACCUAAACCAGGCUUCGACUUCUUUCCAUACGGUUGGUUGGCAUGGUGGUUCACAAUCCACGUCUGACCACAGGCCUUCUCCUGAUAUAAACAUACGCUUGCCGGGGGAAUAGAGAUGAAGGGAGCAGAAAGGUUACAUGGGAAUGGGUGAGGCUGCGCAGGUGCGUGUAUACAUGCAAAAAGGGGGAAGGGGGGUUGCAAAGAUGAAUGAGUCAUCCCAACACUUUCUCUAAUUUUGUGGUCUAUCCAAGAUUCAAACUCUAUAAUUUUUUAGCUUACAUCGUAAUAUGAGCUAGCACAAUAUAUGUAUAUAUAGAGUGGGUUUCACACGUUCAUUAAAAUAGCUCUAUAGGCUGCCUCACACCUUAAUAUUUCCACAUACAGAGCUCUACCCUUGCCUCGAUUUGGAGUCUCUAAGGG